AGAAAAAAGAGGCAGACAUGCGCGUAAGGGUCACGUCAGAAUUGUAAAAGCAGUUUUGGUCAUAUAUAAACUACACCCGACAACAAGGACCAACGCAGCCGUCUAAUAUCUCUGUGCUCUGUGUGUGGAUGCCUUGCCUUUUCUACUAAAAAGCCUGUGUUUCCAACAAAACCUGAAAAAGAGCUUAAUUUUGGCUUAAAAUGGAGCUGCCAAUUGCCCUCCCCUACACCCUACCGUAGACAAAAAUACCCCAUACGCCUCCUUCCUCCCCUGACACCGCCGCUUCUACUACCAUCCCCUACGACGUAUUUCUACUUUGUCUACGUCUACGCUCCUCGUCCUUGUACGUUGUUGUACAGACAACAAUCCUUUUAAAGCAAAAUCCACGAGGUCCCCUUAGCACGCCCUGCGACAACAAACAGACAAACCAAUUAACCCUUUUAAACACCCCCCCUCCCUUCGCAAUUACCAUAUUACCCCUCAUCACCUUCCCUAUAAAUUCCCCAUCCCACUCUUCACUUGUCUAAGUUGUGCAACACCUUCUCACACUCUUUUGUCUCAAACAACAACUUCUCUGGUCUCUUCUUCUCUUGUCUUCUGCAUUUUUCAACAGUCUUCGAGUUUGGUUUGUGGGUUUUGAGAGCAUUUUCCAAUAAUCUUCAAGUUUGGUUUGUGAGUUUUGUUAAUUGAGAGGAGAGAGAGUAAGAGUAGUGCAAUAUUAUUAUAAUGAUGCAUUAUCAGCAGGCAGAGGCGUCGUGGGGUUACUAUGUGCCGGUGAGGAUGAGCAUGGGGGACCCACUGGAGCGGGUGGCGAGGUUGGCGGCGAAGAGCGCGGUGGUAAUAUUCAGUGUGAGCAGCUGCUGCAUGUGCCAUGCUGUCAAGAGGCUCUUCUGCGGGAUGGGGGUCAAUCCGACGGUGUAUGAGCUGGACCAGGACCCCAGAGGGAAGGAGAUCGAGAGGGCUCUCAUGAGGUUGCUCGGCAACUCGCCGGCUGUUCCGGUGGUUUUUAUUGGCGGCAAGCUCAUCGGCACCAUGGACAGAGUCAUGGCUUCCCAUAUCAAUGGCUCCCUGGUCCCACUUCUCAAGGAGGCUGGGGCCCUCUGGCUCUGAUCUGAUUAGCACCUCUAGUUGACAUGUCACAAGAAAGAAAGACUAAAAAAAAAAAAAGGAAGAGACGAAGGAGUGAGCUUCAGAAGUGAUUUUCAUGAUGAUGUCCGGUUGAAAUACAUUGGAAUGCUUUAUGUUAAUUUCACUUGCAUUUUCUACUCCAAUGGAAAUUCUCCCAUAUAUAUAUAAAAAAGUUCAGAUUUUGAGGUCUUCUAUAUGGAUAUUCUCAGCCAUUAGUUGAGGAUAAUCAAUCCUGUAAUCGACAUGAUUUUGGCACUUUGUUUGGUAUCUGUAGUUUUGGCCGCAGUGAAUAAUU